UCCGCGCCAGCGCUUAUGCGGGACCGUGGAGGAAUCGGCGUCGCUGCCGCUGUCGUCGUUUGAGCCACGAUCGCCGGCAGUGUUGUCUGGGAUGACGGAGGAUCGGGCCGCUCCUGCAGCGAAGAAGAAUUCCAGCUGUCCCAGUAUUGAGCAAAUGCUGGCCUCAAACCCUGGGAAGACACCUAUUAGUUUACUACAGGAGUAUGGAACAAGGAUUGGAAAGACACCGGUGUAUGACCUGCUGAAAGCUGAGGGCCAAGCCCACCAACCCAAUUUCACUUUCCGAGUUACAGUCGGAGAUAUUAACUGCACAGGUCAGGGGCCUAGCAAAAAGGCAGCAAAGCACAAGGCAGCAGAAGCUGCCCUGAAAUUACUAAAGGGAGGAAACAUGUUGGAGCCUAUGUUGGAUGGAGUCAAGAUCUCUGGUAACGAAUCUAAAAGCUCCAGCUCCGCCCAGCUGGCAGAAUGUAACCCUGUGGGAGCCCUACAGGAGCUAGUGGUUCAGAAAGGAUGGCGACUCCCAGAAUAUACAGUCACUCAGGAAUCGGGUCCUGCCCACAGGAAAGAGUUCACCAUGACCUGCAGAGUGGAGAGAUUCUUAGAGAUAGGAAGUGGGACGUCAAAAAAGCUGGCAAAACGCAAUGCUGCUGCCAAGAUGUUGGCAAGGAUCCAUGAUGUUCCAGUGGAUCAGAGGGAUGGGAAUGAAGUAGAAUUGGAAGAUGACCAGUUUUCCAUAAUGGUUAGUAGCAAACUAGAUUGCCCAAGGGGCAAGAACACAGGUUGCACAUGGGAUUCACUCCGGAAUUCUGCUGGAGAAAGGAUUAUGCACCUCAAGAGCCAUCCACUUGGUGUUGUCAACUCCAACUUUUGCCAGAUGUUGAGGGAGUUGGCAGAAGAGCAGCGGUUCGAUGUCAGUUACUUGGACAUUGAAGAGUUGAGUCUGAGUGGCUUGUACCAAUGUCUAGUGGAGCUAUCCACCCAGCCCACCACCGUCUGCCACGGCUCUGCCUCAACGAGGGAUUGUGCCCGUGCCAAUGCAGCUCACAAUGCACUGCAGUAUCUAAAAAUAAUGGCUGGAGGAAAAUGAGUCUAAUGCUGAAUGAUGUCGCUCUUCAUCUGACCAGCACGAUUUUCUUUUGCUCCCAAACUGAAGUAUUUUUUUAAAUCAACAACUUGAAUUUCACAAGACGUGCACUUGACUGAAAGUUCCUUGCUGCUCAGUCUGCCUACCAGGUGCCUUUUUAAAUUUUAGGAUAUAGAAAUGCGGUGCAGUCUGGGAGAACGAAGGGAUCUGAAGGUUUAUCUUAAGGAAAUGUAUGAUUAUGAAGUGUUCUCCCACAAAGACCACCCACAGGUCUUUAGUUCAUUGUUUGGCCAACUUGCUGUUGUCAAUGGGAAACACAUUUUACUUCAUGAGUUUCCCAAAACUGGUACUAAGAAGCCCAGUGUGGUUGGAAGUAGCACCCUGGCUCUACUUACUGUAGUUCUAGUAGAAUUGUUUCAGUACUGUUGGCAUCUACUGUGAUUCUUUUCAUCCAAUUUUCCCUGAAAACAUAAAGUGUUUUAAUGGACCAAACUUAGGGCAUUCACCUAUUAUGUUUGUCAAGAUCUGUAAUCAGCCCAAUAUUGUGUCAACGUGGUGUUAUUGAUUCCUACACUGCAGAAACAGGCUGUUUGACCCACCAUGUCCAUGCUGACCAUCAAGUACCCAUCUAUACUAAUCCCAUUAACCAGCACUUAGUCCGUAUGCCCAUGUGUCCCAUCGCUUUGUGGCAUCGUGUGCCUGUGGAUUUCUCGGUGCGCCAAGGCCUAAUCUUGACCAGGUUGCCUGAGCAGUGGGAAGCUGCUGAUUGCUCCUUUCAAAGAAAGGCUCUGGCCGAUCUCUAUGAGAGGUUCUUGUCUGCUGGUGUUCCUUUGGCACAAUGCAGCAUUUUCAGCAUCCCUGCAAAUAGUUCUUCAGCUUCACGUUGGUGGGAGGUUAGGAUAAGCUACAGCGAUUAAAUAUGACUUUUUUUUAAUUCUGUUAAGUAUUAUGAAGCUUAUUUGAAAUGUUAUUUAUCAUUUUUGGAACUUUCGAGAUCCAGGGAUCAGCUUAAAGGAUGUGCACUACUAAGUGACCAUAUGUCACACCGUACUUCAGUAAAAGUAAUUGCUCUAUACUACACAAAAGGCAGCUUUCUGUUUAACCAAUGUAUACUUGUGUUCUACAGCAGGACCUUGUAAAUAACACACUUGAUGAUCCCACAAUAUUUAUGUUGAUAGGGAAUCUCUAUUAGAAAUGCACCCUUAACAAGGGCCCAACAUCAUUAGACUUUGCAGCUGUCUACAGUGAAUAUAGACCUUUAAUUUAAAUAUAGAAGAGGCUCUUACAGUAAAGCAAAGGACAAAAGAAUUGAAAAUUCUAUAGCACUUUCCUGACUUCAGGACUUCACUUCAUUGGCUUUAUACCCAAUAUGGUACUUUUAAAGUGCAGUCACUGUUACAACAUAGAAAAUGGGCUAUGGCUAAUGAAACACUGGCCAUUGUGAUACUAGACCAGGUAUACAGAGAGUCUCGAGGCUGAUGCCACAAACAGUGAGUUAACUGACCUCCUUUUGCUAUUGAGUGACCCUUUGUAGAAAAUGUGAAUAUCAGGCAAGGAUAGGAUCUGUUGCCCAGUGCCCAUGCAGAGCUUAUUGGUACUUACUGUCUGAGCACCUAUGGAGUGAUUUGUCACUUGAGUAAGUCUCUGUGUUUCAGUUAGUACCUUUGAGGGGGGAUGGGAUGAGAGGUGGAGAGAGGCAAUUGGGGGGAAAAAAAGAGGUUUAGAAGGGAGACAUAAUCCACACAAUAAGUUAACUUCUGCAGUUUCACACCCAAGGUCCAGAUUCAGAUUUCUCAUAACUGAUGAGGUUAGAGUUCCAGUUACUUGCUGUGAGGGUAGUAAAUGACUCGCAACGUUCUCAACCGAUGUGAGUCCAUGGCACAGAACAAUUUAACUCAUUUAAGGCUGUUAUACCAACUGGUUUAAAAAUUGGAGUGAAAACCAAAGUGGGGCUGUUGAGUGCUCCUGAAAGUUUUGUUUGAAGGCACAUUGAGUAGAGAAUUCUUUGAUCAGUUGCCUAUUGUAAAUGCAUUCUAAAAAAAAUUCAUGUUGAUGCAGUUGCUGUGUGGAGCAAUUCUGCUCCCUUGUGUUGGGAUUGGGCAGAGGAAGAGCCUCCCUGGUGCUGGCUGAACCACACCUUCCCCCAUUUGAAAUCAAUUGUCCCAGACCACACAAUGAGUGCACAAUUCACCCAGCAAAUGUGAUUCUAGGCAAAGUUAUGCAAAUGCUUUGUACUGAGUUAGUUUUUUUUAAUGGUAAAAGAAAUUGUGUUUUCAUUGAAAUUGCUGUGUUGAUUUUAAUGUUUUUAAGUAUAUAUAAUCUCUUAACUGGUGGUUCUGCAAACAGAAGUAAUGUGAUUUUUUUUCCCCCAUAAAUUGUAUUCUUUGUACUCUUUAAUAUUUUGGGAAGGUUUUGUUUAUUUAUCCCAGGAAAGUUGGUGUGUUUGGGAAAUCCACAAAGAAACUGUGUUUGGGGAAAGCGCACAAAAUGUUUGGGACACCCAGCUGCUUUAUCGACAUCCAUGGAGGAAAGAAAAAAUUAUCUUUGCUUGAGUGUAACCCUUUUGAUUU